AUGCAACUCGCCGCGUCGAUCCGUGAGCGUGUCACGCUCCUGUCGGAUCUACAUAGCUCGCUGUGCCACCUGCAUUCCUUCUCUGGCGAGGAUGAGCGCAUGCGCUGGCGCUGGCGGCUGCAUCAACUGCAGCGGCAGCAUAAUCUUGAGCAGCAGGACGCGCAAAUAACUUCACUGCUGGCAGCUAUCGAGAAUCAGAUCUCGGCGUUGCCAAUAGAAAGUGAUGGUCGAUCCAUCCCGAUCAUGGAAAACGAGGUGCUGGCCACCAUGGAAGAAACGCGACGAGGCGGUUGGGGUCGCUUGUCCAGAUUCGCUCGGGCCGCUUCAGGCCACACCUUAGGAGCGCUCACCCGCUCCAAUGUCCGAGAUCGCGGUAGAUCCGUGCCUUUGACUAGGAUGAGCAUGCGCGAGCUUAACGCAGAAGUGCGAGAUGAUGGAGAUGACAUCUCGAGUUUAACCGCAUACAGGAGACAGGAGAGCAACAGCUUGAGUCAUUCUGUGCCCAGCUUAUUUAGAUCCAUGGCCAGUUAUCUUGGACUCUCUAUGGAGGAGACGUUCCUGUGUCAGAUCUGCUACGACUACGCGCCCAUGAAAACAUCUUACGCACUCUCAGUAUGUGGACACCUGUUUUGCGAGGCGUGUUUGAGGAAUUAUCUGGAGUUUAAGAUCAAAGAGGGACAAGUGUAUCCAAAGUGCUUUUUCGAAAUAUCAGAGGAUAAAACUGCGUGCAACGCGGAGAUCGCAGUGGACGACAUUCAAUCGCUCGUGUCCGAUGGAGUGUGGCAGAAACACAACAAGUUUAAGUUCAACAAGGAGCACGAACUGGCACGGCAAUGUCCGUAUUGUGACCACUCGCAGCUUUGUGCAGGCAGCGACCACCCGGAAUGCGUGUGCGAGGCUUGCAAUCGCGAGUUCUGCUUUGUGCACAGUAGCGCUCAUCAAGGACACUCGUGUGCUGAAUACGACAAGAAGAUGAUCGCUGUGGAGAAACUUAAUAACGCGCUGAUCAGUAAGAUCUCGAAACCGUGUCCUGGCUGUCAGAACAACGUGGAGAAGACUGGAGGCUGUAACCAGAUGAAAUGCGUCGUCUGUACUACCAGUUUCUGCUGGAUCUGCCUUAAAGUCAUCGACGAUACUGUCUUCCCAGAGCACUUUCAGUGGUGGAACGUUCGUGGCUGUGCAGGCAACCAAAUGGCGGAUAUUGAGGGACAAGGCUCGACUCAAAAGGGCGUUGGCAUAGUCAUGCGGAUCAUUUUUUUCGUUAUCUUUGGUCCGCCGGCGCUCGUGAUGGCUGUGGUGUUCAGCGUCCUGUGCUGUUGCUUUCUUCCUUGUACAGCGCACGCCCGUCUCACGUUUCGACAAGCUUUUACAACAUGCUUUUGCGUGUCUGGAUACAUUCUUCUAGCACCAAUUGUGUUGGCGUUGGGACUCGCAGCUUUGGGCGUUUUUAUCGGCGGCGCUGCUGCUGGAGCUGCAGUUUUAGUUUCGCGUCGCUCCGGCGUCGGUGAAACAGCCACAGCGCGUGACAUCGAGGACACGAAUGAUCAAUCGCCCAGCGAUCAAACGUUUUUCCGCGUUUCAACUUGA